UUUAUUGGCCUGGCUUAACUGCGUCCGACGUUGUUAGAGCAUCCCAGUAUUAACACUGACAUCGAAUACCCACACCCAUUGUGCAGGCGCUCUCGUAAUUCUUGGUAUUUUUUGAUCAUUCGAGUGUUUCUCGAGUUUAUUUUAUUGCUUUUCCAGCCAAUACUUCCAAUUACGGGCGUUCAUUUUCUGGACCAGGCCGAUAUCACAGCUCCAAAAACACAUCAAAAUAUAUUGCGUCUUUUGAAUGGGCGUACUGUCGAUGUUGUGCUUAGUGAUAUGGCUCCAAAUCCUACUGGUGAUGGCGGAUUGGAUCACGAACGCAUUGUGUCGCUGUGCAGUACGCUGCUCGAGCUGAGCGUCCAGAAAUCCGUUAUCCCACUGGUGCGCAAUGGCACAUUCCUCUGCAAAAUAUUUGAUGGUCCAAGGCGUAACGAACUGAUCGCACAACUUCAGCAACAUUUUGCCAAAGUUUACACUGUUAAGCCAAAAGCUAGCCGUGAUCACAGUGCUGAGGUUUACUUGUUAGCACUGAGGAAGCGCGAUUGA